GCGAGUUUGCGAGUGGUUAGUUUGGGGCAAUAGAGGAAGCAGCUCCUUCGCAGAUAAGCAGGCAGUGCAUUAAAGAGACACAUGCUGUUUCAUAAGGAUACGCCUGAUUUCCAGAAGUAACCAUGUUUUUGUGGCUUAAACUCUUAACAUUUGGUGUUGCAUUUCUGAGGCAGGAUGCUUUUGUCAAAGCAGGAGAUGAAAAUCUGGCAACUACCAGCUCUCACUCACCCACGUCACCUCCACCUGCACGCUCCACAGCACUCUCACCUCCAGGCACCACUGAAGCAGGACAUGAAGAUCUGGCAACUACCAGCUCUUACUCCCCUAUGACACCUCCACCUGCACGCUCCACAUCACUCUCACCUCCAGGCACCACUGAAGGAGAUGAGUCAACAAGUACUACACCUGGUGUCUCUCCUUCAGACAGCACAUACCUCUCCACGCAUGCAGGCUCUGUCCCUGCCAUGGGACUUGGCACCCCACCACGCAGCAGCACUGCUGCCCUCACCACACACACUGCCACUGCCUUGAAGAAUGCUUCAUCAGAUUAUUACAGUUCAACAUCCUUGCACAGCACCAUCUCAUCAGUCAGCACGCCAGCAAACACUGGGAUCUCCCCCACUCUCACUAUAGGCACUUCCACACUGACAACUGAAGAACCUUGUGAUAUUUAUGUUGACUAUGAUUUCACUCAAAGUGGAAAAGAUGAGGGAAAUAAGGUUGAAGUUACACUGAAAAAUCUCACAGAAAACAGAAACUAUACUAUUUCAGAGGUUAAUGAAAUCGUCAGUGUGAAUUCCAGCACAAUAGAACUUGAGAAAUGCAAGAAAUAUGAAGUUAAAUUUAAAGAUUGCUCCACAGCUCUUUGUAUUCAGCUGCCUGGCUUCCAUCCCAUGCCUGCGGGAACACCUCUCUAUCUCACGCUCAACAGCACCUCUCGAGAACCAGGUGCCUUAGAAUUUGGGAAGAUAACCGACACAUCUGCAGAGUUAUGUUGGAACGAGCCAUAUAACUAUGCUGAUGUGACUUUUGACUGCACAGAUGGAACAGUUGUUCCAAAAGUAAAUCAAUCUUGUAAAGAGCUGAAAGAUUUAUCACCCAACCGUGAGUACAACUGCAGUGGUACCAUACGUUGUUGUGAAAAGGAGCUUGUCAAAGCAAGCCUCAUCAUAUAUACAGAUUAUGGUGGUCCAGAAGAACCAGAAAUCCUUGAAACAUGUCCUGGUGAGAGAAAUGUAUCAGUUAGCUGGCAGAAACCUAAGGACACUUCAAAGGGUCCUAUAGAUGGCUAUAUCGUGAACUGUAACGGUACAGCAGAGGAUGUUGAAGUAGAAAAUACCAAAAACUUUGUUUGCGAUGGAUUAAAACCUUUCACCAAGGGUGAAGGUUCUGUGACUGCAUAUACACUCAGCCGAUAUGACGGUACAAAAAUUAUGGGAAAACCUGGAAUAUUUAACUCGUCAACAAAAUCAGCAAAACCGGACCCAGUGACUGCUGUUGAUGCAAACUUGACAGCUGAUAAUGCUGUCCAAAUUACAUGCAAAGAGCGAGAAGUGCAUGGACCACAAAAAGAAUUUAGAUUGUUUUGGGAAAAUGAUGAAAUAAGAUCCAAUAAUUGUGAUUUUCAAAAAGACAAUCUCUUGUACUUGACAACGUAUACAUUUAAGAUCUUAGUGUUCAAUGGAGAACAUAGAGGGGAACCAGUAACAAGGAGUAUAAAAACCAGAUAUAAUUCUAAAGCCCUGAUUAUAUUCUUGGCGUUCUUGAUCAUUGUGACAUCAAUUGCUUUACUACUGGUUCUGUACAAAAUCUAUGAUCUUCACAAAAGAAAGCUUGGCAAUUCUUCUGAAGGUGUGAACCUUGUUGCAGUUAAAGAUGAGGACAGGCAACUUCUAAACAUAGAGCCAAUACCUUCGGAGCAAUUGCUGGACACGUACAAGAGGAAGAUUGCUGAUGAAGGAAGACUUUUCUUGGAUGAAUUUCAGAGUAUUCCUAGAGUUUUCACUAAGUUUUCAAUAAAGGAGGCCAAAAAAAGCCAAAAUCAGAACAAAAACCGUUACAUUGAUAUCCUUCCAUAUGAUCAUAACCGUGUUGAGCUCUCAGAGAUCCCAGGAGACCCAGGAUCAGACUAUAUCAAUGCAAGUUAUAUUGAUGGCUUUAAAGAACCAAGAAAAUACAUUGCUGCACAAGGCCCCAAGGAUGAAACCACAGAUGAUUUCUGGAGAAUGAUCUGGGAACAGAAGGCAACAAUUAUUGUCAUGGUGACUCGCUGUGAGGAGGGAAAGAGGAACAAAUGUGCCCAGUACUGGCCAUCAAUGGAAAAUGGUUCUGCAACAUAUGGGGACAUAAUUGUGAAGAUCAAUGAAAGUAAAACGUGCCCAGACUAUGUCAUUCAGAAACUACACAUCACAAACGGAAGAGAAAGGACAGCUGGAAGAGAUGUCACUCACAUUCAGUUCACAAGCUGGCCAGACCACGGAGUCCCUGAGGAUCCUCAUCUCCUUCUCAAACUCCGACGCAGAGUUAAUGCUCUCAGCAACUUUUUUAGUGGCCCAAUAGUGGUUCAUUGCAGUGCUGGUGUUGGGCGCACUGGGACGUAUAUAGGAAUAGAUGCCAUGCUGGAGGGGCUGGAUGCAGAAGGCAGAGUGGAUGUUUAUGGCUACGUUGUGAAGCUGCGUCGGCAGCGGUGCCUCAUGGUUCAAGUAGAGUCACAGUACAUCCUUAUCCAUCAAGCACUAGUGGAAUACAAUCAGUAUGGAGAAACAGAGGUCAAUCUCUCAGAACUGCAUUCCUAUCUUAACAAUCUGAAAAGAAAAGAUCCUCCAAGUGAUCCUUCCCUGCUGGAGGCAGAGUUUCAGAGAUUACCUUCUUAUAAAGGGUGGCGGACACAGAACAUUGGGAAUCGUGAGGAAAAUAAAAGCAAAAAUAGGAAUGCCAACAUAAUUCCAUAUGACUUUAACCGAGUGCCGAUCAGGCACGAAGACGAAUGCAACCAGGAGGGUGAACAUGAUUCGGAUGAUUCCUCAGAUGAGGACAGUGACUGUGAGGAAUCAAGCAAAUACAUCAAUGCUUCCUUCAUAACUGGUUACUGGGGUCCAAAAGCCAUGAUUGCAACACAGGGACCACUGCAGGAAACUAUCUCUGACUUCUGGCAAAUGGUCUUCCAAAGAAAAGUCAAAGUCAUUGUUAUGCUGACAGAGCUGAAAGAAGGAGAUCAGGAACUCUGUGCACAGUACUGGGGGGAAGGAAAACAAACACACGAUGGAAUAGAAGUUCAAAUGACAGAUGUCAACUGUUGUCCUAGCUAUACCAUACGUGCAUUUGAUGUUACACAUCUGAAGACAAAAGAAACACAGAAAGUGUAUCAGUAUCAAUAUCACAAGUGGAGUGGCUUGGAUGUUCCAGAAAACCCCAAAGAUUUAGUCAGCAUGAUUCUCAACCUUAAACAAAAAGUCCCUGUCAGACCAGUUAAUGAGGACAACAGGAGUACCCGCAGUGUCCCGCUUGUUGUCCACUGCCGUGACGGGUCACAGCAGACUGGUGUAUUUUGUGCUUUAAUGACCCUCUUGGAAAGCGCAGAAGUAGAAGAAGUAAUAGAUGUUUUCCAAGUCGUAAAAGCUCUUCGUCGCACCAGGCUGGGAGUCGUCUCCACCUUUGAACAUUACCAAUUUCUGUAUGACACCAUUGCCAGUACCUACCCUGCACAGAAUGGACAAAUAAAGAAGAACAGCCAGCAGGAAGAUAAAGUUGAAUUUUGCAGUGAAGUAGAAAAAACUAAUCCGGAAACUGAUUUGAUCACCAUUGAUCUUACCCCACCAACACCAGAGGAAAAGGAGGUUUCUGAAGUAUGUGAUGAUUUUAAGGCUGCAGGUAGCACUAAGGAAACAGAAAGCUCUACGAAUGGGCCCACAACUCCAGUUCUAACUUAGAGGCUAUACUAAAAAAAAAGUGCUUUUUCAUGUGCAAACAAUCUAAUCAAAAUAAGAAGUAUAAGAUUUCUUCUUCUUCCCACCUUUUUCUUUGAAAGUGCUUAUUGUUAUAUCAGGUUUUCAAAGGUACAAAUUUAAAGGAAUACUUGAAACUUUUAGAGUGACAAAAACCUGUGAAAGUUUAAUUUUUGUUUAGAUUUGCAUUUAAUACUUCUUCAGAAACCUUUUCACUAUUUUUAUACUUUUAAAAAUAUGUACAGUACAAUACUGUCCUGAGCAGUGUGAAGAAAGUUUUUUGACUUCUGUGACAAGGAGAAAAGCAACUCAGAACAAGAUUAGUGUGUUGCAAAAACAGGUCUGUCUUCAAAACUAUUCGGAAGUAAAUCAACAUAAUUGGUAAGCAUACAUUCUAGGAUUUCAGGAGUGAUGACCAAGCACUGCUUUAAUAAUACUCUGUGGAAUUUGUGAGACUUUGCCAAACAGUUUUAAGAGUUUAUCAUUUACAUCAUGUGACAAAUCCAAGGAAUUCAGACUUAUGGAAAAUCUGUAAGUCCUCCCAUAUCACUGUGGAAUAGAAAUUUUUGCAUUUUUCUAACUUGCCUCAAGGUGUCCUUGUUGCUCCACAUAUAUUAAUCUGAGAUUUCAAUGUUAAACUAAUGUUUUGGAGUUUGGCAUUUGAAUGAUUGCAACGAUUCUGAUAGAAAACACAUUCUGUUUACUCUUAGAGCUUAAAAUACUGCAUGCUUGCACAUCUAUUUUUUAUGCUUACUGUUAUUUAAAGGGACUGCUUCCAUGAACGCAUCUGACCUGUUUUCAGAAGUGGAAAAUACUUAGAUGUUUUUCUUCCAAACCUUGUAGAUUUUAAUUGGUACAGAAUUUUAUUUUAUUUUUUCAUUACGAGGUGUUGUAUGUUACAGCUGUGAUAUUUUUAGUAUUUCUUGCUGGAUUUUAGUAUGCUGUUUCUAGAAAAAAUAAAAGGAUAAUUAAUAGUUGA